AUGUCGGACCACGUCGGAGGUUCAGAUCGAGGGCUCGGUGCCCCGUUCCUUGGAUAUAGUAUCGGAUGCCUAUUAUUCGGCAUAACUGCCCUUCAGGCGUACCAGUACUUCACCAACUACCCGAAGGACUCCAGAAUGCGGAAGCGAUUCACAUUGUUUAUCUGCUCUCUCGACCUUUCCCAUCUGGUAAUUGGAGCAUACAUGCUGUACAACAUCCUUAUCUACUACGGAUGCGAAACGAAUCCGGAACAGCGUGUCGUUGGGAUCUUCAAGGUUAGCCGGCUCCGGUCUCGUCGGAUUCUGAUAACUGAGAAGACAUUCGAUUGA